GGUGCAAGUGAUUUAUGUAUAAGUGUAGAAAUUUGAUUUGUUAAUAAAUGUUCAUUACAAAUUGUUUGGCAGUUAGUUUAAAGUAAUUGAAAUUAGUUUUUACGUAAUAUGAGAUCGAGCAAAUGGCUACACAAGCACAUGAGGCUAAUAGCCCACAUCAAAAUUUUGUAGAAGAAAUAAAUUACAAUGAGAUUGAAAGACUGAAGAUUGUAGGCAAAGGAUCCUUUGGUGUUGUUUGGAAAGCAAAAUGGAAAGGAAUAUAUGUAGCUGUCAAGGAUAUAGAAUCAGAAGCAGAAAGGAAAGCCUUUUCUGUUGAGGUAAGGCAAUUGUCCAGAGUUUCACAUCCAAAUAUUGUUAGAUUAUACGGGGCAUGUUCACACGGACCUGCAGUAUGUCUUGUAAUGGAAUAUGCUGAAGGUGGUUCUUUAUACAAUGUAUUACAUUGCAACCCUAAACCCAAAUACUCUGCGGCUCAUGCUAUGAGCUGGGCAUUACAAUGCGCUAAGGGUGUUGCAUAUUUACAUGCAAUGCAGCCAAAACCUUUAAUACAUAGAGAUUUAAAACCUCCAAAUUUAUUAUUAAUUUCUGGAGGUAAAAAAUUAAAAAUAUGUGAUUUUGGUACAGCAGCUGAUAAGUCUACUUACAUGACAAACAAUAAAGGCAGUGCUGCUUGGAUGGCCCCUGAGGUUUUUGAAGGAUCUUCAUAUACAGAAAAAUGUGAUGUUUUUAGCUGGGGUAUAAUUCUUUGGGAAGUAAUAUCUCGAAGAAAACCAUUUGACAAAAUUGGUGGUAAUGCAUUCAGUAUAAUGUGGGCUGUACAUAAAGGUCAGAGACCGCCUUUGAUAGAAAAUUGUCCUGCACCUAUAACAACAUUGAUGUGUGAAUGCUGGCACCAGCAGCCAUUACAACGACCAUCUAUGGCCGAUGUGGUUGAUAGGAUGACAAAAUUAUCAGAAUUUUUUCCUGGUGCAGAUAAAGACCUUGAAUAUGAUUCUGAUGAUUGUUCUACUGAUGCUUAUGAACCAGAUUUUUCAAGCAGUUAUGAAGAUCAAACGCAGGAAUUAGAAACAAAUCAUAACAGUUCAAUGUACAGUACAAUCAAUAGUAAUAUUAAAAACAAUGAUAGUGACAUGAGUGAAUCUAAUCCAAAUCAGUCAUUUUGGGAACGUAACAAUGUAAAUGACAAUGAAAGAAAUAUAUGGGGCCAUAGUGUUCAUUUUGUAAAAGGAGACAAUAGUGAGCAUAGUGCUUCUAGAUCGGCAAAUGGGGUAAUAAAUCAAUUGGAAUAUUCUCAAAUGGAGCCACUACAAUUAGAUAUUGAUCCGAACACCUGGAAUUUAGAUACUGAAAUUGAAAAUAUGGAAUUAAGAAAAAUGGCUGGUUUUGAUAAAUAUAUGUCCAUUGGAAACACUGGCGGCGGUGGAGGUGACCAGAAUGCUUCCGAGAUAGACGGAUCAUGCAUGGACGAUGCGGAUUCUGAUCUGGAUUCCAUGUGUCUUACGUUGGAACCGCAUUUGAGACCUGCCACACCAGAUCAGACAAGUAGGCUUUCUAUGAAAAUUCACCACGAACACAAACAAAUAGUUCAAGAAUAUCUCAAGGUUCAGACUGAAAUCGCUUACGUUUCGAGACAUCGGUCCGAAUUACGAGAAUCGCUGAACGACGAGCAACGCCGACAGCAGCAAGAGAUAUUGAAACUUGAAGACGAGAAAGAGUCUCUUGUAAAAUUGUAUUCGAAUCUACGAAAGCAACUGGAAGUGAUGCAAGCGAAUACUUUAAAUGCGCCAAACGAUCCGAAUAGCCAUCGGGCGCACAACAAUGACGGCUGGGUCGUUGUGCCCAACUCUAGGGCCAGGGAGUGAUCAAAAAAUGCUUUUGAGACGUUUUGUAUUAUGCUACCAUUUCUAUAUCUCAAUCACAGUUGUUGUAAAGUAGUUACUCUUUAUUAACAAAAGGCAUAUUUUGCUACGAUACCCUACAUUAAUUUGCGAAUAGCAGACAUUGGUUUUUCAAAUAUGCUGAUAUGAGAUUUAAAAACAAAAAUCAGGAAAAAAAUCAUCGGCUCCGUCACAGCCGCACAUUGAUAAAUAGAAAUAUAUUUUGUUUUGACCAUUUACAUCUUGCUGCCCCUUCGAAGGGACGGACAACGCAUAUCUAGCAUAUCACUGGGUUGUCUCUUUUAAGGGGACAUGGCUCAGGGGGUUUGUAUAGACAAUGGCUUAGUUCUUAUUGAAGCAUCGAAUAGAAUUGAUCACUAUUUAAAAAUUUACUAAUUUUAAUAUAAUCUUUUUUCUUCUCAAUAUUGCAAAACAAUCCAGCAAUUUGUAAAUCAAAAUUUUCUUCAAAAAUAACGAGACAUAAAAAAAUUGCUCUUUAUCUGCGUAAUGAUAAAAAAAACUAUGACGCUAAGUAAAUACAACGGCACUGGAAUCAACCUGCUAUGCCUUUUGGAAAUUGCUUUAAACUUUAAUAUACAGUGGAAAAUGGUCAAAAAUAAAUUUAGAUAUUAUUAUAAAUGUAUGUUCUUCAAUGACAAAUUUAUAUAAAUCAAAUUUAUAACAUUAUCCUUACUUGGUUCUGAAAAUUAUACUCAAUAAUAUUACGCUUGCAGCAUAUACGUUCUUGCCAUAAUGCCCAUGCUGCUAAAUAAAUUGUUAGAAAAGAAAAAAAAAUCAUAUAGACAAUGGUGUAUUAUGUUUAUUUAUCUAAAUACUUGAUUGGUGUACAGAAAUAACCAGCAUUUUGAAGUAGCCCUGGUUGCACAUUAUACAUGUACUAUAUUUUAACACUUAACGGACAGCGCAAAUUUGGUAUGUUUGCUCCUAGUUUCCUUAAAUUAUUCAGAAAAUUAGAUUAUAUUAUUAUAGAACAUGAUUCA